AUGUAUUCUGAUUUAGAAUGUGAUUAUAUUAAUCCAAUUGAAUUAUGUAAUAAAUUAAAUCCUUGGUUUAUUCCAGAAGCUGGAUUACAUGCAUUUAUUACUGUUUUAUUUUUAAUUAAUGGUUAUUGGUUUUGUUUCUUGUUGAAUUUACCAUUAUUGGCUUAUAAUGUUAAUAAAUUUUAUACUAAGAAUCAUUUAUUGGAUGCUACUGAAAUUUUUAGAACUUUAUCUAAACAUAAAAAAGAAUCUUUCUUGAAAUUGGGUUUCCAUUUAUUGAUGUUCUUCUUUUACUUGUAUAGAAUGAUUUUGGCUUUGAUUAAAGAUGAGAACUAA